GCAAAUCUCUUGCUUCAGUUGAGCAAAAUAUUUACUAGCCAUAUGGAGCAAAAGGAAGGAGAUGCUGUGGCAAUGCUGGAGCUGUACUAUUGGUUGGUGAAGCGGAGAGUACAACUCCUGGGGAGGCAAUGGAACUUCAUGGACGUGGGGACUCUGGUUGUCGUUUUGGGUUUGCAUUUCCUUGCCCUUUUAGCACCAUUUCAUUUCAAUGGGAGUGCAGUUUGGUUGGCCAUGGCACUGUACGUGAUCACAGGUCUCGGUGUAACGCUGUCUUACCAUAGAAAUCUCUCCCACAAAAGUUUUAAGCUUCCGAAAUGGCUUGAGUACUCUUUUGCCUACUGUGGGGUUCUGUCCCUUCAGGGAAGUCCACUUGAAUGGGUGAGCACACACAGGAACCAUCACCAGUUUACUGAUACAUGGAAUGAUGCUCACACCCCAAUUAAGGGCUUUUGGUUUAGCCAUAUUGGUUGGCUCUUUGAUUACGGUUCGCGGUUUGGUAGUAUUGAAGGACGACUAAACAACGUUGGAGAUCUGAAAAAGCAGCCGUACUAUAUAUUUCUCCAUUACACAUACCCCUUUCACUCACUUGCUCUUGGAGUUCUGCUAUAUACCGUGGGAGGCCUACCCUUUCUAGUUUGGGGCUUGGGUGUGAGGACGAUACUUUAUCUCCACGUUACAUUUGCCAUAAACUCCAUUUGCCACAAAUGGGGAAAGCAAGUGUGGGAUACUGGUGAUUUGUCUAAAAACAAUUGGUUGUUUGGAUUGCUAGCACAUGGAGAAGGUUGGCAUAAUAACCACCAUGCUUUUGAGUACUCAGCUCGACAAGGCUUUGAAUGGUGGCAAGUUGAUCUUACUUGGUACGUAAUAAGAUUUCUUCAAGCUGUUGGUUUGGCAACUGACGUUAAACUCCCAACCGAGAUUCAGAAGAAACGAAAGGCUUUAAGCAACAAAAUAAGCAAGGAAAAGCUUGGAACAGUUAAAACCAAUGGAAACUCCAAAGAAUACUGAAAGUAGUAAUUAACGGAGACCCAAAUUUAAGCUAUGAACGUUGUUAUUGAUUUGCCUUGUAAUGUCUAUUUUGUAUUUUUCUAUGCUAUGCAAUGAACUGAUUCAGCUACUUUGAAGAAACGUUGCCUUCUUGUAUGAAGAACGAGUGUUAGGAUAUGAGUAAUUUUAAGGCGAA